AUGUGCGCAGCUUCAUCAAACAUCCGUAACUUUUGGCAGUCUCAUACAGCUGAGCAUCAAAGCGAUAAAAAAAGAACAAAGCCCUCUGUACCAGAGAAAGCAUACGGCUUUCCGCGAUGGCGGUCGACGGACGCACUUUCAGCAUCUCUGGUCGCAUCGAAUAACGUUGAGAUUCCCCCGGACAGUACCGUUCCCGAAGAAAGACUGCAAAAAAUGAGAGAAACCGAGCGAAUUGCACAGAUUGACAAGGCGUACAUGCAUCAACAAGUCGAGCCUUCUCGGCGAUUGCAUAAGGGCAAAAGUCUGGAUUCCUUGACUAUUCAGCUGAACGUACAUCCAUGGUAUGACCGCAGGAAAAUUCGUCAAUCGAUCAGCAAGGAAUCCAUUGCGAACAUAGCAAAAACGCGAGAACGAUUUGAAACGCAAGGAGAAGUUGAGCCAAGCAGGGGACUCAAGAUUUCUGAUGCCUGUUCACGUACAACAGAGUUGUUGAAAAAACACUCGUUUGACGGAAUGAUACCUCGUCGGGCCUCAUCACACUCAGUAAAGCCUAAGCUUCAGAAGGAUGGGAUCUUUUUUGAUGACAAUGAAAAUCGAUCGCACAUUGUUUCCUCUAAGGGUUUUCAUGACGAGCCGAAGUACACUUUGGAAGGAAUCACUGACCAUUCGUAUUCCGAAGAAGAGCAGCUUUUCAUGCUUUACAUGAGACAAAAUCCUGAAAUCAUCUCUAAUUUGGGUAUCACGUACUGUUCAUCAACUGCACAAGCAAUGGAGGAGUUGCAAGGCAGACGGGUCGAACUUCGGUUUCUAGACGACAAAAUUUCACGUCCACGUUUGGAGAAGCGCGUCAGUUCGUUGAUCAAGUCUGAGAUAAGGGAGCUUCAAGAGCGUGAGGACGAGUUACUCGAAUCUAGAAAAGAACUUGGACUUCCUACUCUACAGUUGCCGUCAGAUGCAUUAAGAGCUCCAAAUGUGGAGUGUUUCGGCUCAACAAAUGCAUUCAACGAAUUUUGCUAA